GGGAAUUCCCAUGAAAUUGGAGGCAAAAAGCUUCUGUGGCCGAAAUUUAAUCUUGGGUUUUCCCGUUCUCGCUGUACAGAGGUUGUUUGGGGCGGAAGAAGCACUCAGAUACAGGACAUUUUCAUGUCUCUGGGUGGUUCUGGUCAGUUGAAGCAGCUUCGCAUGGCUGAUAGACUCGGCAUGCUUCCUGACCAUGUAAUAGAACGGAUUCUCAAGUUCCUGCCCAUAAAAGACGCGGCGAAGACAGCCAUGUUGUCGAGAAAAUGGAGCAUUCUUUGGAGGAACAUUCCGCGACUUGUGUUUGAUGAUAGUUUCGCUCGAAUCACUGAACGAGGCGGAUCAAAGUUAAAGGCGAAAAAGAUACUGAUGGAUAUUUACAAAGCGCUAUUGCUUCAUGAUGGUCCGAUUGCCAAAUUUGUGCUUGCAAUUCCUGGAUUGAGCCCCUGCGAUGAGAUUGACCACAUAGUUCACCACCUUGCAAACAAAGGCGUCAAGAAACUUGAGCUUCUCUUUGGCGAAGAGAGCGGGGAUUAUCCAUCUGAUCGCAGGAUUCAUUCUUCUUUGUUUUCUGCUGUUCAAUUGAGUUCACUGAUACUGGAGGGUGGUAAAAUUGUUACACCGUCUUGGUUUGCAGGGUUUAGUUGCCUUAAGAUUCUUCAACUAUAUACAGUAACUUUGCCCCCUGAUUUCUUUCAUAACUUCCUGCCAGCAUGUCCCCUGCUCGAAGAUUUGUACCUUUGGUACUGUGCUGGUGCUUCUGAGAUUGAGCUUGUAGCCCCAUGUCUCAAAGUCUUUCUCUUUAUUGGGUAUCCAGUGAACAUUAUGUUCAAGUGUACUCCAAUUCUUUCAGAAGUGUCAAUCCUGCCAUAUGGUGAAGCUGAUGUUAAUAUGGGGAAGAAGCUUGAUAUGGUAGCUUUAUUUGCUUCUCUCCCAGCACUUGAGCAGCUACUUGUUAACUUCCAGUUCUUGAAAGUCCUGGCUGCAAGCGAUCAUGUCCCUGUCAAGCUUCCUAGUCCCCUCCAUCUACGAGUCCUUGGAAUAUACAGAGGUCAUUAUGGUGGUCCGCUAGAGACGUCUGUAAUAUUCUGUCUAAUCAGAAGUUCCUUGAGAUUGCACAGACUCGAUCUUCAGAUGAAAGCUGGGGAGAGGGCAGCCUUUUGUGAACCAAUGUCGAUUGAAAAGGAGUGCUGUGAAGAAGACUCAGAAAUUAGCUGUCUUCGGGAGGUCUACAUUCAGAACAGUCCAGGCUCACAGCCGGAGCUGGAACUCGUUAGGUUUGUGUUUGAAACUUCCCAUCAGCUUCAAAAGCUUGUUAUUAAGGCUUCAGAUCAAUUGGGUUGCGAAGACCGCCUCAAAUUUUUGGAGGAGGUGGUACGAUAUAAGCGCGCUUCAACCCAGGCAGAGGUGAUAUAUUCCUGAUACGUUGUUUUGGAUCAUAAGAGCUCUGCACUUCUGGGUAUAGGUUUUAGUUACUUGUCAUGCCCACUGUCACGGUGGUCGGAAGACCUUCAAUUGUAUAGUCUUAGGCUUUAGUUACUUAGCACAGAUUGUUUGCAAUUUCUUUCCUGUGAUUAAUGAUUACUCCAAGUUUUAUUUAAGGCAUGUAUAGAUGUGAAGAUCUUCAGUUCUUUAACAUAGGGGCAGCAGUAAUUUAGGAGCAAAUUCAAUUAUUGUAGUGAUAGGACUAGUUUUGUCAUCCUUUGAAGUUCCCAAGAGAUAUAAAGUUGCAGCAAGCUUGUGCUAGUACAAGGACCAAAGUUUAUGAUGAACCGGAUGCUGCAUUACUGGAAGUUUCAACAUGGUGUCCAAAAGGAAGAUUUUAAUGCUUCUGCUGCAAAGUGUUAAUAUGUAGACCUAUGAUACAAAUCUUAUCG